UUGAUUAUUCGAAUAAUCUCUUUGCACUCCAAAAGUUACCCUUAGACGACCAAUCGGCCACCGCACUAUCGGAUCUGCUGCCACGAAACACAGAUGUUCGCGAUGUAGGUAGCAAUGGGUUGAUUCGAGUGCACUUCUCUACGGGCAAUAUCAAAAGCGUAGUACCACACUGCAGAACCCGAACGAGAGCAGUCUGAUCGUUAUGGACACGCAGACGCAGGAGCAAAGAGCGAGAGCUGCUCAGCCUCGUCCAGCUGGUGGAGAUUUCUCCGCCAUUAUCUCAGUUCUGAUGGUUUUCGUCUCCUUCGCUGCCCUGGUGGUGGUUCCUUCGUCAUUUUCAACUGCAAGUAAUAGUUUUUCCAUAUUACAUCAAGUCCCAGAGGGUCAUGUUGGGGUUUACUGGAGGGGAGGUGCCCUUCUGAAUACAAUAACUAACCCAGGUUUCCAUUUGAAGAUGCCUCUGAUAACUCAGUUUGAGCCUAUUCAAGUGACUAUUCAGACAGAUCAGGUAAGGGAUAUCCCAUGUGGUACAAAAGGCGGUGUUAUGAUCAGCUUUGAGAAGAUUGAGGUUGUUAAUCGUCUUCGUAAGGAGUAUGUAUAUGAAACACUUCUCAACUAUGGUAUACAAUAUGACCAUACAUGGAUAUAUGAUAAGAUUCAUCAUGAAAUCAAUCAGUUUUGCAGUGCUCAUUCUCUUCAGCAAGUUUAUAUAGACAUGUUUGACCAGAUUGAUGAGAAAAUGAAAGAUGCUCUUCAGGGUGACUGUACGCGAUAUGCCCCAGGUAUUGAAAUUAUUAGUGUCCGUGUCACAAAACCAAAAAUUCCAGAAAGCAUAAAACGCAAUUUUGAAGCAAUGGAAGAGGAACGCACUAAGGUUUUAAUUGCAAUUGAGAAACAAAGGGUAGCUGAGAAAGAGGCCGAGACACAGAAGAAGAUGGCUUUAUCAGAAGCCGAGAAAAAUGCCGAGGUCAGCAGGAUCAUCAUGUUGCAAAAGCUGAUGGAAAAAGAAAAUGCCAAAAAGCAGCAGGAAAUUGAAAACCAAAUGUACCUGGAGCGUGAAAAGAGCUUGACAGAUGCCAACUACUACAGGGUGAUAAAAGAAGCUGAAGCAAACAAGUUUAAGCUCACACCACAGUAUCUUGAACUCAAGUUUAUUGAAGCUAUAGCCAACAAUUCGAAGAUCUUCUUUGGAGACAAGGUACCAAACAUGCUCUUUGAUCAGAGGCUCCUAGGGAAUUUCCUGAAUGACGUUAAGAAGAGGAACUUAGAAACGUAGGUCUGAUAAACUUCUAUUACAUAGCUUUGAUGAGAUAUUAUGUGAUUGUAAAACGAAAGACAAGAUACAGAAAAGACAUAUGUUAAGUUCGUUCCAUCCACUCUUCCAAAAGUGCUAGACAAGAGAGUAGCAUGAAAAUCUUUUGAAAGUGAAUUGAUAUGAUGAACUUUAGACCCUUGAGGAGGAUAAUUCUAGAUUGGGGAAUUGGGAACUUGGGACUUGUUCAAUAGACUAAACUUGGGAUCUCGCAGUUGACAGAAGGCUAACUAAAUCGAAUUCUAUGGCUGUAAAACCCAAACCAUUUCAGUUUGAAGGUAUGUGGCCUGUCAUCUUUUAGUGCACUGUACAUAUCGGUGAAACAGUUGGAAUUACGAUCCAAAUGGUUAUUGUAUGGCUUAAAAAUGAAAUGAAAGCUGUUUGGAUUAUUCGUCUCCAAAAAAUUAA